GCCGUGAACAUCACGGCUAAUUGGAAGUCUCUUACUUAACUUUAACUUUCGGAUUAGUUGUUUUAGUUUUUUUUCUUUCCUCUGCAAUACCUAUCGAAUACCAAAAUGUCGGACCAGUCGAGAAGUAACCUCCUGCUGUUCUUCGACCGCCCAACGGAGCCAUGCUUCAUGCAGAAAGGGGACGACGCCAUCUUCCAACUGCCUGACAAUUUCUACCCCGACAAAUACAAGACCGUCAGCAGCACCCUUGCCAAUCGCUUCGGUGAAAAUGCGCAGCGAAGCAUCCCUGUGCGCAACAUUGCCUUACCAGACCUUUCUCUGCCUAUGGAACUUCCCUACAAUGACCAAUUCUCACUUUUUGUGCCUAAGCACAGGAAAAUGGCUGGAAAGCUUAUCGAUAUUUUUAUGGGUAUGCGUGACGUGGACGAUUUACAGUCGAUUUGCUCAUACUGCCAAAUGAGAUUGAACCCUUACAUGUUCAACUACUGCCUAUCGGUAGCUAUUCUACAUAGAGAAGAUACGAAGGGACUGAACAUUCCCACCUUCGCGGAAACUUUCCCAGACAAGUUUAUGGAUCCUAAAGUAUUCCGUCGUGCUCGUGAAGUGAGUACUAUUGUGCCUGUGGGCAAUAGAUUGCCACUUGUCAUUCCUCAAAAUUACACAGCGGCGGAUUCUGAUCCAGAACAACGUGUAGCGUACUUCCGUGAGGAUAUCGGCAUCAAUCUACAUCAUUGGCACUGGCAUCUUGUGUACCCAUUUGACGCUGCUGACCGCGCAAUUGUCAACAAGGACCGACGUGGAGAACUAUUCUACUAUAUGCACCAACAGAUCAUCGCUAGAUACAGUGCAGAGAGAUUAUGCAAUAAUUUAGGACGUCCUAAGCGAUACAAUGACUUCCGAAGCCCCAUUGAAGAGGGCUACUUCCCCAAGCUUGACUCCCAAGUUGCCAGUCGUGCCUGGCCACCGAGGUUUGCAGGUUCCACCAUCCGAGAUAUUGAUCGUCCCAUAGAUCAGAUUAGGAGUGAUGUAUCACAACUUGAAAUUUGGAGAGAUCGAUUCCUCCAAGCAAUUGAAACCAUGUCAGUCACUUUGCCGAACGGUCGUCAAAUGCCAUUAGAUGAGGAAACUGGUAUAGAUGUGCUAGGAAAUCUCAUGGAAUCGUCUAUUAUUAGUCGUAACCGAGGCUACUAUGGAGAUUUACAUAACAUGGGCCACGUUUUCAUCUCAUAUUCUCACGACCCUGACCACAGGAACUUGGAGCAAUUUGGCGUCAUGGGUGAUUCUGCUACUGCAAUGCGUGACCCUAUAUUUUACCGUUGGCAUGCAUAUAUUGAUGACAUAUUCCAGCUGUACAAGAACAAACUUCCUCCCUACCCCGCUGAAAGGUUAGAUUUCCCAGGUAUCCGAGUGUCUUCAAUCGGUAUUGAAGGGUCUAGUGGAGCUAACCUUUUAAACACUCAAUGGGAGCAAAGUACGGUAGAGCUUGGUCGAGGGCUUGAUUUUACUCCUCGUGGAUCUGUGCUCGCACGCUUUACACAUUUGCAACACGAUGAGUUCAACUAUGUUAUUGAUGUUAACAACUCAAGUGGCUCAGAUAUGAUGGGUACAGUGAGAAUCUUCAUGGCACCGAUACUGGAUGAGGGUGGCAACCAGUUGUCUUUCGAUGAACAACGCAGACUUAUGAUUGAGCUUGAUAAAUUCACAGAAGCAUUACCUGCUGGCACAAGAACUAUUCGUCGCCGAAGCUUGGACUCAUCAGUCACUAUUCCAUAUGAAAGGACCUUCCGCAAUCAGAACACUCGUCCUGGUGACCCAGGUUCCGCUCAGUCUGCUGAGUUCGACUUCUGCGGCUGUGGAUGGCCUCAUCAUAUGCUAAUACCUAAGGGCACCGAUAGAGGAUACCCUAUUGUAGUUUUCUGCAUGAUUUCUAAUUGGAACGAAGACCGGGUGAUUCAAGACUUGGUGGGCAGUUGUAACGAUGCGGCUUCAUACUGCGGUAUUCGUGAUCGCAAGUAUCCUGACCGACGUUCAAUGGGUUACCCCUUCGACCGCCCGACUCCAGCCUCCAGCAUAACUGACUUCAUGACCCCGAAUAUGGCUGUUCAACAGUGCACCAUCCGAUUCACUAAUGCAACCAGACAGCGUGGUCAGCAGGGGUAAGGGACAGGAGUUAAAGUAAGAGACAGGGAUAGUAUUCAAAUAAAAUUAAUUGCUUAAACUAAUUAUCUUUAAAAAAUUAAAACUUAUGUUUUAUCAAAUUUCUGAUCAGCCGGUGAUUUAGUUUGAUGUUUGGUAGUGCUAUUGAAUAUAUGUAUGACCCUGUCUCUUGUGUUU